AUGGAUUCUACCGCCGAAAGCAGUUCAAGUGCCUCAUUGCGAAACGAUCGAUGGACCUUUCCCACUUACAAACCGGCUCGCUACUACUGCAGUUCUUGCUUCAAAUUCUCCUUAUUGAAUCUGCCAGACCUCGCAGUAGAUACAAAUCAGGAGUUCACCCUCUUCAAAGGAGAAUGCAACUCCUUUCUCACCCGAAUACCCCAACUCCCGACGGGAAUCGACGUAAAGCGCCAUGGCAUGAUCCUUGGUCUUACCAAAGCUCUGAAGAACGGAUUACUUUCGAUUCCGACCAAGGAAGAGGUAAAGGCAAAAACAGCAAAGAUGCUCUCUAGACCUAUGUUGACUUUGAGCGAUGAGAAUGUCUCGGCCACGAUCUUUAUGUAUAAGUGUUGUGACUGUGAAGCAUAUUUCAUGGUUGAACAGGAUCUGCGCGAUGCUAUUGACGAAGUUAUGCCAGCACGCCAACCUAGCGUCACACAGGAAGAGGUGAGAGGACACAUGGCUGCUUGCUUUCGGAACUCGUACAAGGCUUGGUCAGUCAUGGCGGCGGAGGUAUACUGUUUCGAUGGAUUGAUGAUCAUGGUUGGCAUGGAUUGGCAUGUUAAGAACACUACGCAGAUGAGAGAAUCACGCUUAUGGGACUCUUUCAAAAGCACGUUUGUCUUACUGGCGAAAACACACACGAUUGACCUCAGUAGUAAAUUCAAUCAACACGACCUCGCCCGGAAAAGGACUGCCGACAUGCAAGAACUCCGUCCAUCCACUGGAAACAAAGACAGACAUCCAAAUUUGCCAGUAUCCCUCGUCUGCUCUAUACCGAGCAACGUCGUCGACUUCGCUACCUUUAAACACAACAUUGAACUCCAAGCUAGAGAUUCACAUGCACAAAUCUUUAUUCAAAACCUCGAUAAAGAGACCUUUGACAAGUUGUUCGAUAUGGAUCGCAAUGCACAAGCGUGGACAAUCCAGCUCGACGUACAGUACGAACCGCUAGACGAUGAGUCUGCUCACCCGAGAAUUGACACAUAUGGAGCUGCGCGAUCUGAGAGGCACAAGACGAAUGCUGCGCAAUUGCCGAACCCAGGAUCCGCAGGCUCUAGUGGUCAAAUGGACUGGGAAGGGACGGGUACGAACGGAUCGAAAUAG